AUAAUCAAGAUAUGGCUUUUCUGCAGAAAGGGAUUGAGGAUCUUAGUCUUAGAAUGGAAAGUGGUUUUAGGAAGGUAUACCGCAUUGUGGAAGCAUCGAGCCUUUCAUCAGGUUUUGUAACGGAAACUCAAUUGGGUAAAACUGUGCUAGAUGAUGGAACAGAAAUUGCCUUCCCGCUCAACAUAACCGAAAGUACUAAAGGACGUGCGCCUGGAAAAUUUUCAGACGUACCUGGUAGAGACGCAAGUGAAAAAGAAAUACAAGAUUAUUUCAUGAGCGAGUGUAGUGUACUAGAAAAUUAUGGUCCUAUAAAAGACAAGCUUAAACUUACUGUUGAAGAUACACGUCAAUCUCCGGUACUAGGAACUCGGAAGCCCGACUUUAUAUUUAUUCGAAAAAAUACAAAUGUAGAUUACUUAAAUAUUAUGGCCAUCGGUGAGAUAAAGAAACGAACUAGUGAAAACUUUAGCAAUGCGCAAAUAGGACAAACAAUAUCAUUCGGAGAAAAACUACUCCAACUUCAGCCACGGCGAAGUUCUGUUUUAGUACUUUUGACAAAUUGUAUCAACAUUAAUAUCUAUAAGGUGACUAGGGUUGAUUCCAAUCAACAGACCCGGUACAGAUAUGAAUUUGUGCCAUCCCGACCUUUAAUGUAUAACUCUACUAAUGACAAUGGAUGGAAAUACCUGGUAUCAAUUAUGGAAAGCUCUCCGCAAGACUUGGGAUGGGUCGAACCAUCGUUGACAUUUGGAAAUGACACUGUAAAACUGAUUCGAUCUAUCGGUGUGGGAAGAACAAGUAUCGUUUAUGAAGGGGAACUUAAUGAAUCUGAACCUGUGGUUGUGAAAAUGGCAAAGAAGAAUGAUUAUUUGCCUUGUUUUGAGACGGAAAUGAGAGUUUUAGAGAAUCUGUCAACAUUGAAUUCGCCUCAUAUUCCAAAAAUCCUUCGUUACAAUGAUAACGCCCUCGUUAUGACUCCAAUUGGUGUGAGAGUUAAUAAUUUGCGAAGAGAAGACAUUGGAAGUAUAAUUACCACUCUUCGAGAUGUUCAUUCACAUGGGAUCAUACAUAGAGAUAUCAGAAAAUUUAACUUUAUUCGUAUGAUAGAUGAUUUAAGAGAGAAUAUUAUUAUUGUCGACUGGGGUUAUAGCACAAAUAAUGGAAGUACCACACCUUUUGCAGGGGCAUUAGAGUGCAUGCCAGACAACGUCCUGCAAUCAUUAAUCAAUGAUGAAGUGAUUACUUAUGGACCACAAGUUGAUUUGAUUUGUUUUGUGCGUUCAUUCUAUCUAAUGCUCCAUAGACCAUCACUGGAUAGAGUUCCCUUCGAUAAACAAGAUGAUGUCAAACAACGAGCACAAAUAUUGUUAGAUUUCUGGAGUGAUAGUAGACAAUCACUUGUAUGGGCUCAAAUUUAUAAUUCAAUAGAUAAAUUAGACUAUAACCAAUUAAUUCGAGAUCUUGAAAGUUUAUUUUAG